CAAAUUAAGCCUAAAAUGGCCAACCUUGCGAAUAACAAAGUGUUAUUUUGCUCAGCCGGGUGCAAAGACAGUAUAACUAACGUGAAAGAUGUGUUACGCUGCAACUCCGAGACGUGCCAGAAGGUUUUUCAUAGGUUGUGUAUAACCUCAAACACAUUGUCAACAAAUGAAAAGUCGAACUGGACAUGCCCCGACUGUAAAGCGGCAUCGAAAAAAGGAGGCGAUAACUCGACGACCCCCAUCCGCAGCCAACAGGUCGACAAUAAUAUAACUAUGCGUAAAAAAGUCACACAACAACCGCAGAAACCUGUUGAAUCAACGGCUUCGCAGUCGUCGCCGACCUCAGAGCCGAAAAUGCAGGCGGCGGUCAUUUCGGACGAAAUAGAAAGCAGCCUCACUCGGGAAUUACAGUUGUUUCGUCAUGAACUAGCUGGAGUGCGUCAACAAUUAAGUGCUAUCAAUAUAAAUCUGGAAAAGUUAACAAAUACAGUCAGUGGCUUGGACGUCCGUAUGACCAGCCUCGAACAGAGGGUCCAGGUAUUGGAGGAGCAGCCUGUGCAGCCUGCUGGCGUGCCGAGCGCCGUCAAGGAUCUCAUGGACACCGUAGACCGCCUAAAACUCGAACUGAACGACCGGGACCAGGAGCUCCUAUCCAACGACGUAGAAAUAACGGGUAUAUUAGAAACAAACAGCGAGAAUCCAGUUCACUUGGCGGUAUUAGUGGCACAGAAGCUGGGUGUGGAGCUGGAGCCGCAGGAUGUGGUUAGUGCAGAACGCGUCGGUGUGAGGCGCGCGCCGAGCGACGGCGCCGUACUCCAGGGCGGCGACGGUGCCGCCGGGCGCCCCCGCGCGCUGGCGGUGCGGCUCACACGGCGCGUCCACAGGGAUAAUUUGCUGCGCGCGGCCCGUCGGACCCGCGGCGCCGACACUUCCGGCUUCAACCUGCCCGGCCCGUCACGUAGAUUCUACGUCAACGAGCGUCUGACGCGUACCAACCGACAGCUAUUUUAUAAAGCUCGCCAGGAAGGAUCCCGCCUAAAUUGGAGAUACAUCUGGACCCGUGACGGCAGAAUAUACGCCAGGCGCCAACCGGACACUUCGUCUCAUAGGGUGCGCUGUGAAGGAGAUCUCGAAAAGGUUUUUGGUGUUUUACCUGUUUGACUCUAAUGUGUACCUAUAAAGGAUUAUAUUUUUUCACUCGUGUUAGUUUAAUAACAUUUUUUAAUUUUGUAGCCGCCAUAGAGCUAACUUAUCUAACAUAUUUUUGUGCUGAUUGUUGCGACCUAAAGUUUAUAAAACCAAUUAAUAUGUUUAGUACCAGUCUUAUUAACGUAACUUACAUCAGUAUUAAACUGAACAAGUGCUGUAAAUUCAUAACAAAACUAUGCAUUACUAACUUUCAACCAUAUGAUUUUGAGCAAGCGGUAUGUACCCUAAUACCAUAUAUUAUUAUACAAGUAUAUAUAAUAUUACACACAUACUACACUUUAUCUGUACCGCAACUUUUACAUUAUAUCUGUACUCCGUUAUAUAAUAAUAUACACUUCUCAGUUUAUUAUUUUAUUAUAUUUGUUUUAAUAACAUACUUAUCUGGUUCCGGACAGCAAAUUAACCUAACAAGCGCCAAAACGAUACCGCCGAGUGUACCUGUCGCUUUAUAUUUAGUAUAUUUUAAAGUUCUUACCAUUGAACUCCUACAGGACAAUUUAUUAAUUUGGUACAGGCGCGGUUAAGCAAAAAAACUUAAAAUUAGGAUUCCUUAACGCAGGUUCUCUCGGAACUAGUCACAAUGAGCUUAUAGUUGCUGUUGAACAAAGUUAUGUAGACAUAAUGGCCAUCAACGAAACCUGGCUACACGAGGGAGAGGAGGGGCGGGCGCCGGUCAUACCUAACUAUCGCCUGCGCCACAUCCCGCGGCCGCGCUCCGUGCGCGCGCGCGGCGGCGGCGUGGGCUUCUAUGUCAGGAGUGGAGUUGCGGCUCGACGCUGCGCGCACCCGCCCGAUAAGGGAAUUGAACAGAUGUGGCUCAAGUUAUCAAUUAAUGGUUUAACUCUGUUAAUAGGAACUGCAUACCGACCGCCAUGGUUAAGUAUCGAUACAUUUCUUGACGCAAUGACUGAUACUAUUUCUUCGUUUUCUAAAUUUGAUUAUAUUGUGUUAAUGGGAGAUUUUAAUAUAAAUUUAUUGAGUAAUGAUAGCAAUGCCUCUAAGCUCAAACUGUUAUUUACUUAUUUUGAUUUAAAACAACAUAUUGACGUACCCACGCAUUUUACUAACAAUAGCAGUGCCUUAAUAGACGUGAUAUGUAGUAAUUGUCUCGUUACUAAUACUCAAGUAAAUUAUAUUCCGACUUUGAGUCACCACGCAUUCUUAUCUUGCGAAUUAAAUAUUAGAAAAUGUAAACCUCUGCCACAAAAAAUAUGUUUUAGACCACUUAAGGAUAUUGAUCAGGAACUAUUUAAUAGAUCCCUAGAAUCUAUUAAGUGGGAAUGCAUAUCCGAGUUAAUGACUGUUAAUGACAUGGUAAAUACCUUCAAUUGUGUAGUCCUAUCCCUGCUUGACGCAUAUGCACCUCAGAAAGUAAUUUUAAUUAGAGAGAGGAGCUAUCCGUGGAUAACUCACACGAUCAAGGAAAUGAUGCGUUUACGUGACGAGGCACAUAACACGUAUAAAGCGUCGGGACUAGACAAUGAUAAACUGUAUUAUCAUGAACUCAAAAAAUGUGUAAAUAAAGCAUUGUUCCAUGAAACGCGUGCGUAUUUUAAUCAAAAUAUUAAUCGAAAUGCCAGCAACUCUAGAGCUCUUUGGAAUAAUCUUAAGCGCACUGUCAGAAUAACUAAAAACUCACAUGAAUCAGAAAUACCUUCACACUUACGUGACCCUGAACGUAUCAAUUUACAUUUUCUAGAAGUUGCAGGUAACGUGGCAGCACCGCAAUCAUAUCUUGCUAAAUUUGAAACCAGUAGCUUUCACGAUUCGACCUUCAGAUUGGAGCCAGUGGGAGAAGACCUUGUACUUAAAAUAAUCAAGACCUUAAAAUCGUCCGCUCUGGGAGAUGACGGUAUCUCUUUAGACAUGUUGCUUCUUACCCUUCCCCAUUCUCUAGGUGCGAUCACUGCCAUUAUUAAUAAAUCUAUUUCUACCUCCGUUUUUCCUGACGCCUGGAAGGUUGCAUUGGUAACGCCGCUUCCUAAAACAAAUAAUGUCACAAGCUUUAAAGAUUUAAGGCCGAUUAGUAUACUUCCGUGUCUGUCUAAAAUACUUGAGCGCGUGGUAUACAUGCAAUUGUCAGCAUUUCUCGAAACAAAUAAAGUUCUCCCAACCCUGCAGUCUGGUUUUCGCAAAUCUCGUAGCACGACGACGGCACUCCUAGAUGUAGUUGAUAAUAUUCUGUCAGCACAAAACGAGGGUCAUAGUACGAUAAUGGCACUUUUAGAUUUUUCACGUGCUUUUGAUGCCAUAAACACCCAAUUAUUACUAUCCAAAAUGAGAUACUAUGGUUUUGAGUCAGAUACGGUCGCAUGGUUUGCCAGUUAUCUUAGUGGCCGCACGCAAGUAGUUCAAAUCUCAAACGAUACUAAUUUAUAUGCAAAAUCAAAGCCAUCUGUCGUCUCCAGAGGUGUGCCGCAGGGCUCAAUCUUAGGUCCGCUCCUUUUUAUUCUCUACACAGCUGAUGUCAGUGGUAUUAUUAGGAAUUGUAAUUUUCACCUUUACGCUGAUGACAUCCAAAUUUACAUCUCUUUCGACCCAAUUGACACUGGUUAUGCCGUUGACAAAUUAAACAAAGAUCUUGAGAAUAUUACAGCCUGGUCCGAGUCAAACUGUUUAGUGUUAAACCCUAGUAAAUCCAAAGUUAUGUUUUUUGGUUCCAAGAAACAGAUUAAACAGGUAGAAAACCAUCAACCAAUUAUCAUUAUCUCGGGAAAUGUGGUAGAACGUGUAUCGGAGGCGCGAAAUUUGGGAGUAUUGAUGGAUGAGUCAUUGCGUUUCGAAGGUCACAUAGCUCAAAUUGUGAAGAACACAUUUUACAGACUUAAAGUACUUUAUCGGAUUCGCGAUUUCCUAAGUGUUGACUUGCGAAUUAAGCUUUGUUCUUCAUUAGUACUCUCUAAAUUUGAUUAUGCUGAUGUCGUUUAUGGCCCCCGUUUAUUAGCUAGUACAGACCGGAUGGUGCAAAGAGUGCAAAACGCCUGCGCACGUUACUGCUUUGGAGUCGCACCACGAGAGCACGUGACGCCAUAUUUGAACUCUGCGCGUAUUCUUAAAAUGUCACUACGCAGAGAAUUGCAUCUUUCAUCUCUGUUAUUUGGUGUUUUUAAAACGUCUAAACCAGAGUAUCUGUUUAAUAAGUUUAAAUUUCGCGGUAGCAGGUCAAGCUUGUAUGGAAUCAGAUCAGUUUGCAAUGAUUUGUUGUUGCCUCGUUGUCACUUCGCCGUUUUCAAAGGUAGCUUUAAAUACUCAGCAACAAAAUGUUGGAAUAACAUACCGCCACCUAUCAAAAACUUAAAUACAAUUGGCACUUUUAAAUUAAAACUCAAACAACAACUUCUAGAAUUUCAAAGCACGCUACCUUCUGGUACUAGAGUAAAACCGACGUAUCUGUAGUGGUCGAAAUCGUACUUAUGCGCCGUUCAACUUUGUUAAUCUCAGUACCUAUACAUAUAGUAAUAUUAUUACAUUCAUGUAUUUCCUCAAUAUAUAUUUAUUACCCAACGUAUUUAUUAAACCUAAACAUUAAACCUACCUUCACAUAUGUCAUAGUAUCAUACAGUAUAAUCUUAUAAAUGUAUCCACAAACAAUCAUAUAUACACAUAACUAUAUUAUCUUCUACACAAUCUAAAAUAGUGUUAGCCAUAGUUUCCGACAAGCAGCAAGCAAAUUCAUAUUGUACGAAGGGUCGGCCUGAAAACCAGCGUUGUAGUAGGCAAGCCUGCUGCAACACAUGCUGAGGUUCGCUCCUUUUUAACAUCAUAAUUUAAAAAAAAUUAUAUCUACAUGUAA